UCGUUGACAAAAUAGGCGCGCAAGCAUGGCCAAGCUGCUUCAUGCCAAGCUUCGAGUCCUUUCGAGUUAAAUUAGUGCUAAAUAAUAUCAUUUGUAAGAACAUAAUCAAUUAUAUUUUAAUUAUUUAAAGUACAUUCGUGCAUGAAUAGAUUCUGUUGCAAGAAACGUCGAGAUCAGAAGGUUAAAUGUCACCGAGGCGAACUCGUGCGGGUGCAGCGAAACAAUCUGCCGUUUCCACCAGAUCUAAAAGGCAGAAAAUAAAUAAUGAAAAUGAAGAUGCAGUAGAGUUGAUACAGCAAACUAGGCAAUCGCAAAGAAGAGAAAAGUCUUUCGAUGUCAAGAAUGAUUUUAAAGCCGAACAAAGUAUCAAAAAAGAAUUGCCUGAUGCAAUGAUAAUGUUGAGAAGAUCUGCGAGAAAGAAAGAUUCUCAUCAGAAAUUUAAUUUAGUCCAAGCUGAAGCUGAGGAUAAAUUUACAGUGCAAAAUCUAAAUAUGGAUACCAAUGAAUCAAUCAAAUUAUUAAGAGAUAGGCAUAAUAAAAUAUCUAUGACAGAACAUAUCAAGCACAACCUUUCUCAGUCAAAUACUUCACAAGAUUUGGAUUCAAAUAAAACGCUUAAUAAAAAAUUUCAACGGAAAACUGUUGCCAUAGAUGUCAAAACUUCACCUAUUAUUGUUACACCAAAAAGCACACCGCCUAAGCUUAGUCUUACUCCUCAUAGAUCUAAGAAAACACCCAAAAAAUCACCAAUUUCUUUAGGCUCUCCAAAAACACAUUCAAUAACUGUUUCAAAGCUACUUAAAAGUCCAAGAAAAUUAUCUCUACUUGCCACAUCUGAAGAGAAUUUAAAUAAAUCAGAUAAUAAGUCUCCCAAUAAGAGAUUGGAAAAAACUAAAAAAAAUGACUUAAACAAUUCUUCUAUGUCCAAUAAAUUAUUAACAUCACCAGUAACAAAAAGUAAACACAAGAAGUCUGAUAAUUUAAAGACAUUUGUACGAAAAUUCUCAAAAUCUCCAAAAAUAAUGUUAAAAUCUCCAAAAUCACAAAAAUCAAAAUUACGUAAGUUGAAGUUAUUAUCUCCAGCUCAAAAAGUUAAUAAAAAAGAUUCAUUAAAAACAUCUAAUACUAUUACUUCUGAUACAUCAGAUCUUAAUACUACAAAAUCAAAAGUUGACACAAAAAGAUCUCCUUUAUCUAAAGAAAAGAAUUUAUCAGGAAUUAAACGUCAAUUAAUAAAAGCACUGACAGUUUCACAGAAGGAAGAUGUGUUAACAGAUCCAAUAGUAUUAUUAGAAAGAUUAUCACCUGAAAGAAUACAGAAUAUGUUAGCGGUUGCAAAUAAAAGUCAAUCAGAUACUUCAGUUACAACAAAAUCUCCUUUAAUCAAUAGAGGGACCAAAUUUAAAGUAUUGAGAACUUCUGCUGGAUCAAAUAUAUCUGUUAAUCAAAAUUCCAAUGCUAAAUUAAGGAAUAAUAAUAUAGAAGAGAAACUCACUAAUAGAGUGUCACCAAGAAUUAAACAUAGUACACCAAUGCAGAGAAAAGAUAGGUCUACACCUUUAUUGUCAUCAACUCCACGAGAGGAGAAUAUACCAUCAAUAGAUAUCAAUUUGGUACCCAAUACAUCUGUUAUAAGUACAGAUAAUAUACCUAUUAAUACUAGAUCAAGACAUCAAUCUGAAAAUCAAUCCAAUAUGUCUAAUACAAUAAUGGAUAAGAGUACAACCAUUGAAAAUAUAUCUAAACCUUCUCUAUUUGAUGAUAUUAGUGAUGUUGGUCAAUCUCAUACUUCAAAUGUCAAACAAGAUGCUACUUAUGAUAAGGAUUAUUUGAUAACGCCAGUAAAGGAACUAGACAACAAAAAACGUAAUACCUAUGAAUUAGAACAACCGCAAACAUUAAGUUUACGACGAAUGAUCAGAAAACGUACUUCAAAAGAUGCAAAUUUAAGCUUCAAAGAAAAUUUUAAGAAAGCUAAAGUACAUUUUGUAGAUGGAAAAUUUGACACAAAUAAUGCACACAAAUUAAUUAAUAAAUCCACUGAAUCAAAUAGAUCACAUAAUAUUAAUAUGCAAAGCAAUAAUAUUAUAAAUUCUGUGCAGAGAUCGAGAAAAAUUGAAAUUUCAAAACUUAGCCGAAAUUCAUUAGCUUCUCCUUUCAAGACGAGAUCAAGUCCAAAAAUAAAUAUAGUUACACCAAGAGUUCAAUUAAAUAGAAUUCAAGUUACACCACAAAAUUGUACAUUAAUAGAAAAGAAAUCAGCGAAAAAAUCGUCGACAAAAAAAGUACCAAAUUUUGGAAAAAUACAUGAACAAAUGUUUGCUAAGUCAGAAUCGCUCGUGGAUGCAAAGAAACGUUUGGAAGCCAGACACUUAGCAUUCACUGCAAAGAAAGUUUUUCCAAAAAUAAAUGCAAAGAAAGAAGAAAAGAGACCAUUGCCAACCGACACAAAAGAUGGCACUCAUAAUAGAUUUGGUUUUAAAUUAAGAAAAAACGAAGCAACACAUGUCAUAUUGAAAAAGCAACCUACUUUUUCAAGGGAAAAGCAGCAACUUGAAACGCGAAUGACACUGAAGGGUAUACGAACAAAUCGACGUUUUGAAUUGCAAAUGAAAGCUCGCAACUUAAAUCUAUAAAAAUAUAUGUUUUAUGUGAUAUAUAAAUAUAUAUAAAUUGAAACUUUGGAUAAUAUGUUAUUGCACAAGUUUUACUUUCUUGAGAUAUGAAAACAUUUUUGCUAAUAUGUAUUAACUUUGGAAACUUCAAGAGAUUUACA